AUGUUUAUAAACCAGUCAAGUCUCUGGUUUACCACCUGGUUCAGCAUCUUCUACUACCUGAAGAUCACCAGUUUCACCCAUUUCUUCCUCCUCUGGCUAAGGCUGAGAAUCUCUGGGCUGAUGCUGUGGCUGCUCCUGAGAUCCCAGCUGGGUAGUCUGGAAUCUUUCUUCUCCUUCAUGAUAUUCCUGAUUUUAAUCAUCCUGCUAAUCAUCUCUCUUUGGCGAAACAUCAGGCACAUGCAACACAGUAUAUCUAUCUUAAGCAACCCCAAUACUGAAGUCCAUGCUGGAGAUGUUAGAGUUCUGAUCUCCUUCCUUAUCUUCUAUGUGUUAUAUUUUAUGGCUAGUGUCUCAAUGAUAACGGUUGCUAUAGUCAAAACUUCAGGAUAUGGAUGA